GGUCUGCAAUAGUGAACGUGGCUAUGAAUCCGUCAAUAUCACCCAAACAUACCCUGAUCGUUCCGCAGACUCUACGUCAACGCCAUGUCUGCGUUGCGUCGACCAAUUCGGACUCCUUUCAUCGCUGCGUGUCUUGUACUUCUAUCCGUUCUGACUUUCUGGAAACUGAGCUCGAAUGUUCCCAAUAAACCUUAUGGCAGCAUCGCUAUUAACGAAGGCCCGGUGGACAAGGCCCUAGUCAUCGCUUCCAUGAAGCAUGAGAAUACAUCUUGGUUCUACGAUGAGCUUCCGGAGUGGCGCAAACAUGUCUAUGUAGUGGACGAGCCAACCGCGGAGCUCACGGUGCCGUUGAAUAAGGGUCGUGAAUCAAUGGUGUAUCUUUCCUUCAUCAUCGACAACUACAACAAAUUGCCAGCAAACAUUCUCUUUCUCCACGCGCAGAGAUACCAAUGGCACAACGACGAUCCCGACUAUGACGGCCUGUCGGUUCUGCGACAAUUUCGCAUACCUUACCUUCAGGAGAAAGGGUAUCUUAACCUGCGGUGUGUAUGGGUUCUGGGUUGCCCGACCGAGAUCCGCCCGUUCAAAGAUGCAGUAGACCCAGCCCAAACUCAAGCUCAUGCGGGUCAUUUCUACAAGCAAGCCUUUGAAGAGCUCUUCCCAGGUCGCGACGUUCCAGAGGCAGUUGGUGUCUCUUGCUGUGCGCAGUUUGCUGCUACGAAGGAAAAGAUACAAGAACAACCAGUUGAGUACUAUGAACGCAUUCGAGAUUGGUUGCUUGCGACACCGUUGGAAGACUCGAUCAGUGGAAGGAUUGUAGAAUAUUCCUGGCAUAUGAUAUUUGGGCAAGAACCUAUCCAUUGUCCCGACGCGAAUGUGUGCUAUUGCAAAAUGCUUGGUUUGUGCGAUCUGCAGUGCACCAGUGGCGCUUGCGACGGUCGGUAUGCACUGCCUCCGUUCGCAACUCUCCCUGUAGGAUGGCCGAUCCUUGGUUGGCAUGGCGAGCAGCGAACGCUUGGAGUUCCGGGUUGAGGAAGACAUGUCGCGGAGUGGUCUGUGAGAGUAACCAUGGCAGUCAAUGUAGCUGCCAACCCGAUGUAUGAUAAUACGCUCGACCGUUGAACGCUUGCUGUAGUCAGCAAAACACUAGGCAACCCGGGACGACUGUCUAGAGAUGUGAUCGGCCUAAUGGGCCUGAGCAUGCGAAUUAGCUGUCGUCAAAGAGAAAGACCGCAUCGGCCAAUUGCAGCCGCCUUCGGCCGUCUGACUUCACGUAUAUCGCGACUGAAGAUCUGCAAGUGUCGAAAAGCCUCGUAUUAAAAUUACUAAGUUAUGCCUGGUCCAGCGACUGUGCCAGA